AUGAACUCCAAGAAGGCGAGGCGCCAAUAUCUCAACUCGAUCCACAAUACUAUAGAUCGCGACUGGACUCCAUUUCGAGCUGUCGAAAAACGAUUCAAGGCUAGAUUUCCGCCUUUGGAUCUCUCUGACGUGCUAGACUUGGCUCUCGUCGACGACUCAUCCACGCCAUCCUCCCCCAAAGGCUGCAUUAAUAACCUCGCAUAUCGAAAACUCCAAUCAGAUGUCUCUGCCUAUACCUUGGUAGACCGGCACCAGGGUCUUGUAAUAUUACCAGGUUUUAUUUCCCCUGCUCUUCAACGGGGCUUGAUUAAAUGGACACUCUCUGAACACGCUCGACCGCCAAACGACACAAACCUUGACACACAUUAUAUCAUUCCUGAAGAGGGAUUGUGGUCACUGUACCAACAAGAGCGCUCAGGCAAAAGCUCUGAGAUGGUCCAACCACGUAUAAUUGGCUCUGAAGACGAGAUCUUGCGUGAGCAACCAGGACCCCGCCAACUUAUAAACAACACUCCUGCAUCGCCUGAAACCUUCCAGGAAAUUUCUGUUGCUCCUAAACCUCCUGUUGCGCCGUCGACGACCGCACAACCUGCCUUACCUUCUACACUUGUGCCCAAGCUACGAUGGGCCAAUAUUGGCUGGUCUUAUCAUUGGGGUAGUAAGCAAUACGAUUUUGCUAAAGGCAAGGGUACGAUUGACCCUACUCUUGCGAACAUAUGCCAUCGUGCUGUUCAAGCCGUGGAUUGGAGCCAGAUAUAUAGCGACGACGAUGGAUUAGACUGGGGCGAGAACGGACCGGAGUGGCGAAGCUGGAGAGACAGUUAUGAACCAGAUGCUGGCAUCGUUAACUUUUAUCAACUCAGAGACACUUUAAUGGCCCAUGUUGAUCGCUCAGAAGUCUGUGCAACAUCACCUCUUGUCUCCAUCUCACUUGGCCAUGCUGCAAUAUUUCUCAUCGGAGACUCGACCCGCGACACAAAGCCAGAUGCUAUUCUACUUCGUUCGGGAGACGUGGUGAUCAUGUCUGGUCCAGUUUGUCGAAGGGCCUAUCAUGGAGUUCCACGAAUAAUUGAGGACUCGCUGCCGCCACACUUGGUUGAAGGAGACGAUGAAUGGAAAGAGUACAUGAGCACAACGCGGAUUAAUGUGAAUGUCCGCCAAGUAUUCCCGAAGGGCUUUAGAUUUGAGGCAGUUCGCAGUUCUUCUUUUGGUGGCCUCUCAACACUUUCAUCCGAUUCUAUGGUCGAAAUAAAGCGCACACCCGAACCCAGCUCUCCAACGAGCGUUGAGGAUGCCAAACAUAGACUGGUCUACACGAAAUCCAAAGUCUAUGUGAACCCUACAGCUUAUGCUCGAGACAACGUGCCUGGCUUCAUUGCUAUCGUGAAGCGUGAAGCUGUAAACCCAACUUAUCUUCUUGCGUGGCUUCCGGAGCAACUCGUUAACGAGAAAGGCGCUGCUGAAUGGGACAAAUUCACCAAGAUCGAGGAGAGUACUAUUCUGGAGGAGGAAGAUGAAGAUGUUGUCUUCAUCGAUCCCCCAACGCAACGUCCAGAGUCAUACGCCUUCUCCGUGCCGCUCACUUCGAUCUAUUCGUUAAUUGUCCAUCCUCCGACGUUAUCGUCUUGGUAUGGUUCAGUUGGAAUCAAUCUAAUCAAUGGAGAUACUCUUCCAACCCUCCAUUUUCACGACGACGAAUCCAGGUCCUUCACCCUUCCUUCUCCUCCAGCUCCUAAACGACGCAGUGCUGUAACCUCAUAUCCACCGCCUCCGUCGGCAUCUCCCCCAGCUACCAGUCCACAUCCCAAUAAUUCAUGGGGCGGAGAUCACCUCCUAGCCCGCUUGCGGUCAUAUGCACACAUUCUUCGCUCAACUCUCCAGCCCUCCCUCUUUCUCGUUGAUCCGUCACGAGCCGACAUUGAAGCGCACUCAACACAACUGUUUGCGGAUGACGCUGUCGACGAUAUUUUAGCGCAAUCGUCAUUUGUCAACUCUCACUCGCCAAUACCUGCACAUCGCAGGCCGAGACCGCUCUCUUCGCCUGGUAUCGGACUGUCCCCUAACCCUUACUCACAUCGCUCGUCGGUCCUCCAUCGUUCUCUUGCAUCUCCAACCUCAAAUGCUCAAUCAUCAUCUCAAGCUCGAACAGCACUUCUCCAAUCAUUUUCAAACAUUACUAGAGCCACAAGACACGCCGCCCAAAACAUUCUCUCCCAUCCGCUCGCCAAACCAAUCAUCCCCCAUCUUCCUGAUCCAGUUCGCAGUCUGGUCAACGCAAACGGAGAGUGGAGCAGCUGGGUGGACAAGAGCGGAGUAGGGGAGUUUGAGAGCGCGCGUGUUUACUUGGCUCGCUGGGCGCGGAUUGUAGCCGAGGAAGGCGAAAGGGCCAGAAGACGGGAAGCACAGACAUUGCCUUCAACCUCCGCUGGGGUAGCAGAGGAGUCGUCUUCUUUGGGCGUAUUCGAGCUGUUGCAUUCUACUGCCAAUCUGCCAACGCCCAAAGCGUCUCGAGAUCCACAACAUCCCAUUGACGAAAAAACUUGGGCAAGUUGGUUUGGAAAAGACGGACGACCUACUGUUAGCUUUGAACAUGCGAAGAGAGAAAUCUUCCGAAGAGGAAUUGACUCCAGUGCUACACUUCGACAACGUAUUUGGCCAUUUAUUCUGGGAGUCCUUGAUUGGGAGUCCACCGACGCCGAGAGAACGGCAAAGUGGGAGGCAAAAAGACAAAUAUAUCAGACGACGAAAGACGAAUGGUGUGGUGUUCCGGAGGUCUUCGAGCGUCAGGACAUUCAGGAGGAACGUCACCGCAUCGAUGUAGACUGUCGACGAACAGAUAGGAAUCAGCCUCUAUUUGCGACUCCGGACUCUACACCGUCACACGAUGGGCCCGAAUGGGACGAGAAGGAGAGGGCAAAGCGCUACUCCGUGAUUUCUCCCGGACUCUCGGAUAUUGGGGCCCAGUCACCAACAAACGAGCACAUCGACCGACUGGCUGGCAUCCUUCUGACGUACAAUUUUUACGAGAAGGAAUUGGGCUAUGUCCAAGGAAUGUCUGACAUGUGUGCUCCAAUAUAUGUGGUUAUGGCCGCCGACGAGGAGCUGACGUUCUGGUGUUUUGUGGAAUUCAUGGAUCGCAUGAAACAAAAUUUCCUUCGGGAUCAAAGCGGGAUGAAGAAGCAGCUAUUGACACUUCAACAACUCAUUGAGGUCAUGGAUCCAGAGCUUUAUCGGCAUCUUGAAAAAACCGAUGGCCUCAACCUUUUCUUCUGCUUCCGCUGGGUCCUGAUCGCAUUCAAACGUGAAUUCCCGUUCGAGGACGUGCUACGCUUGUGGGAGGUUCUGUGGACCGACUAUUACAGCAAUGGUUUCGUCUUAUUCGUGGCAUUGGCCGUUCUCGAGUCGCAUCGAGAUGUGAUUCUCCGUUACCUUGUCGAAUUUGAUGAGAUACUCAAGUAUUGUAACGAGCUGAGCAUGACCAUAGAGCUAGAUAGCACUCUGGCGCAAGCUGAAGUGCUCUUUCUCUCGUUCAGCCAGAUCGUCGCAGACAUUGAUCGUCGACAUGCAGAGAACCUCCAAGCUGUAGCCCCGACGAACAACUUACGGCGAAGGGGCUCACGUGGCGGAACUGACAUUGCUCUGAAUAUUCCACCGUUGUCAGAGAAUCUACGAGAUUUAUUGAAGGCGGGUCGGGAAUAA